CUCCAGGGUUUCGUUUGUCCUGCUGCAGAGUUCAGCUUUGCCAGAUUUACAUUCUUUGGGAGUGACUAACUGUAGGGGAAAGAGGCGCAAGCUACUAAACUGCUAAUACGUUAAAACAGUGAAUAAAUGUCUAAGUGCAUUUAUUCAACGUGAUGAAAAUGAGCAAACCAAUUGCUUCAGCUGUCCAGCUUUCAUCUCAGAUCAGUGAGAUAACUUCAGUGCUUUUGCUUCUUGCCAGGGACCCAGGCAGUGCUGACCUCAGAGCUGCAACCUAUCUGAUAACUUUAUGAAACUUUUAAAGGGUCUUAACGACCUUUUAGCUUCUUUAUUAUUUUCCCACUGUGCUUCACUCGUGUUCCAUUUUUAUGCAUAACAGUGAAUGGAUAUCUAGAGCAACAUCAAAGUCCCAAUGUGCUCCCUUGGAUCUGGAUAGUCCAAUAAAAGCUCCUAUGAUUUUUUUUUUUCCUGCCAAGUACAGCAUUUGUCUCUCUCCUGUUCUGCUAUGGAGAAAGGAUCCGCUGAGGAGCUUCUCUUCAAAGACCAAGACUUCUCCUCUGAACUGCUGAUGCAGCUGAAUGCUCUGCGUCAGAGCGGGAUGUUGACUGAUGUUACCCUCUGCUCUGGGGGCUUUGAAAUCCCCUGCCACCGAAACGUGCUGGCUUCCAGCAGUCCAUACUUCAAGGCAAUGUUCUGUAAUGACUUCAGAGAGAGUCGUCAGGCUAAAGUCAUCCUGAAGGGCAUUGAUGCUGAGAUUUUGGAUCAGAUUAUCCUUUACAUUUACACAGGGGAGAUUCUUAUAUCCACCGAGAAUGUCCUGUGCCUGUUGGAGACAGCCUCCAUGCUUCAGUAUGAUAAACUGUUUGAGGCCUGCUCCGCUUACCUUCAAGACAAGCUGACUCCUGACAACUGUCUGAGCAUGAUCAGAUUGGCAAAGGUCUUGAACUGCCAAAGCCUGAAUAAGAAAGCCAAGACUAUGGCUUUGAAAUGCUUUCCUCAGGUGGCCUCUUCUGAGGAACUGAAGGACCUUUGUCCCUUGGAGCUCAUUGAGUACCUUGGGGAUGAUGAACUCUGUGGGGAAGAGGAGCAGGUCUUUGAGGCACUGAUGGUCUGGAUCCGGCAUGACCUUCAGGCAAGACAAGGCUAUAUCCAAGAGUUGUUCAAGAAGGUCCGGCUUCAGUACGUCCAUCCAACUUUCCUCUUCCACUUCAUUGCCAAUGACUCCCUUAUUCAGUCCUCACCCACUUGUAGGAGCAUCCUUGAGUCAGCCUGGAGACAUAUGUUUUCCUUUUAUAGCACCAAUGUGCCUGACAUCAAGCCCAUGGUGCAUGUUCCUCGCAGGUACUCCAACCAAGAGUUCCUCGUCAUCAUCGGUGGCAGGAAGGACAGCCAGCAGACAACAAGAGAUGUCCUGCUCUAUGAUGACAAGACAAACCAAUGGCUAAGCCUGGCCAAACUUCCCACACGCCUGUACAAAGCCUCUGCAGUGAGCUUGCACAGCAAUAUUUAUGUGCUCGGAGGGAUGCCUGUUAGCAAUAAGAAAAGCCCAGUCAGUGAUAAUAUUUACAUUUACUCCCUUAAACUCAAUCAGUGGAGGUUGGUUGAGCACAUGUUGGUGCCACGUUACUCCCACAGGAGCUUGGCAUACAAAAAUUAUAUCUUAUCAUUUGGUGGAAUAGGCAAAAACCAGGAAAUCCUGAAUUCUGUGGAAAGAUAUGACAGCAUUUACAACAUCUGUGAGAGCAUGGCGAGCAUGCCUGUUGCUGUCCUUCACCCUGCUGUUGCUGCCAAAGAUCAGAGGGUCUACCUCUUUGGGGGAGAAGAUGUUAUGCAAAACCCUGUUCGGCUGAUCCAGGUCUACCAUGUCUCCAGGAAUAUGUGGUUUCGGAUGGAGACCAGAGUGGUGAAGAAUGUCUGUGCACCAGCUGUUGUGAUUGGAGACCAGAUUAUCAUCGUAGGUGGGUACACCCGGAGAAUAAUAGCUUAUGAUACAAAAGGCAACAAGUUUGUUAAAUGUGCGGACAUGAAGGACAGGCGAAUGCAUCAUGGGGCCACCAUCAUCAAGAGCAAGCUGUAUGUCACAGGAGGACGAUGCCUCACCACAGGCAAUGUCAUCGAGGACUUGGAUUCUUUAGAUUGCUAUGAUCCAGAGACUGAUACGUGGACUCCAAAGGGAAAACUGCCACACAAACUCUUUGACCAUGGGUGCCUUACGCUCCAGUGUGUUCCUAGUUCUAACCUUCUCUAAAUAACCUUUGAUACUUCCAAAGACAUUUUGUGCUUUCCUUAAAGGACCCACCUAGCUCUGUCGAGAGUACAGGGGGAAUCCUCAUGGGGUCUCACAAACUCCUGACCUCAAAGAUGCCAAUGGCAUUAGUCAUUCCCCAAAUGCUAUGC